AUGGCUGAGAGUAACUGCAAAGGACACUUCUCAUCCUUUUUCAACUACAGUACAGACAAAUUUGUGGUUACAGGAAACAAGAAAGUUGGAUGUUUAUACAGACUCAUGCAGUUGUUUAUCGUUGGAUACAUAAUAGUGUGGGUGUUCUUAUACAAGAAAGACUACCAGGAAAAUGACGUGGCCAUCCAGAGUUCGGUCAUAACUAAACUGAAGGGAGUCUCUUUGACUAACUCCACUGAAUCUGGUCCGUUCGUCUGGGGCCCGGAGGACUACGUCAUCCCAUCACAGGGAGAAGUUGUUUUGUUUAUUGUUACCAGUUUUUCCGAGACACCCAACCAGACGCUGGGAUUCUGUCCCGAGAGUGCCCAUGUGAAACCGGGCCACUGCCAAAGUGACAAGAACUGCACGAAAGGACUUACGGUGGAGGCGGGUCAUGGGGUAAUGACUGGACGCUGUAUAAGAAAGAAUGAAAACGCCAGUGGUACCUGUGAAAUCUAUGGCUGGUGUCCCACUGAACGACAGUUCAGGCCACGGAAGCCAAUGCUGACAAAUGCUGAAAACUUCACAAUCUACAUAAAGAAUUUCAUCCAUUUUCCAACAUUUGAAUAUUCAAAGUCCAAUGUCCUUGAAACAACUGAUAAGUCAUAUUUGAAGAAAUGCCGAUACAAUGAGAAAAAUGACCACUACUGUCCCAUCUUUUACCUGGGAGACAUCGUCAAGCGAGCUGGACACAACUUUCAGGACAUGGCCACAUUGGGUGGCUCAAUUGGCAUAGGAAUACAAUGGGAAUGUGAUCUUGACAGAAAAGUAUGUGACCCUCAAUACCACUUUACCCGUUUGGACAAAUGUGUAAACAAUGGAUCCGUAGCAACGGGACUGAACUCCAGAUACGUUCGAUAUUUUGAAAGUGCUUCUGGUGUACGAUAUCGAACACUGUAUAAAGUCUAUGGAAUCAAAUUCAUCAUAACAGUGUAUGGAAAGGCUGGAAAAUUCAACAUCAUCCCGACAGUGAAGAACGUCGGUGCAGGAGUGGCACUGAUUGGUUUUGGACACUUUAUAUGUGACUUGUUCCUUCUCCGUGUGACCAAAGACAAGAGGCGUUACAACCACAUGAAGUACGAGGACUGCAGCAAGAAAGCAACGUCUGAAGAAAAUGGCCACUUGAAUAUCAGGGAGAGAGAAAUAACCAUGUUAGAAGUUUUAGUUUGACCCCAAUCAGUUUUUAACGAGCCAUUGUCACAUUUAUUCUUUUUUAUUUUGUCUGCACACAUAUUAAUGGUUGAUACCAUGCCGGUAAAAACCAGAGCUGAGAUGCUA